GUAUAGAAGGAGUAUUAAUAGAAACCACAACCCUACCUGCUCUCGCACCCUGCAAGUGUCUAGGGGAUGCUGAUCUACUGGCAGUCCCCGAAAAUGCAAAGAAGGUUCUGAAAACAUGCCUUCAGGCUAAAUCUAGGCUAACUGCUGAUGCUUUAGGGUAUAUUGCAGAAAAAUACAGAUGUGGAUCAAGGACCCCCAGUCUACCAACAAUGGAUCCGGAUUCAGUUUGUUAUUGUAAAAAUCAAACUGAGCAGGUUCCAAUAGAGAAUGCGUAUUUGGUAGAAUAUACCUUGAUUAAUGAAAAUGCUGCGCAUAGAUGGGAGUUCUACAAAUAUCAGGCGACGAAACGCCUCGAGCUGAAUAGAAUGGAUGAGCCUGAGUCCCCGCAAUUCAUCAACCUGAAACAAAGAGUGGAAGAGAUGUUUAACAAUGCAUUUGUGACUCAAGCAUCAGCAGUUGAACAACAGUUUGUGAGAGCGGCUGUCAUGAGAUUCCAGAAGAAAAUUGGAUGUAUGGGAUGUCCUGCUACAACUACAACAACUACAACUACAACUACAGCAGCUUCUACUUCUGCAGGAGCACCUGCAGCUGUUACUGCAGCUGCUCCUGCAGAAACAGCUGCCCCUGCUGCUAGAAAGAAGAGAGCUGCUACUGCUCCUCCCGCUACAACUAUUCCAAUCAAUUAUGAUUCUUAUUAUAUAACAGUCUUUAUGGAAGUUCAGUUUAUGAAACCAGUGGCAGAUUUUCAGAGCAUGUUCACCACUGUGCUGCCUACUGUAGAAGAGUUCGGUACAAGUGCUGUUCCUGCUAAUGUUACUUUUCCAGCUCCAGGAGUCUGUAAAAAUAUAAACCUCACAGAGUUGUUACCGUCCACGAUGCCGAGCAUGACUCAUGAUAAACAAAUUAUACUUGUCAACAAAACCAAGAGAUUCCCUAACGAUACUGAAAUUUUGGAUGCAAAUGGGAGCCCUCAGGUUAUGAUGUUCAAUGCCACAACACCGGAACGUGAGGAUAGAAAUUUUCUGAAGCCAGGACAAAAUGUCAACAUGUGGUGCAAAAAUCCAGCUCAGAAACCCUCCUAA